CUAAGUCUUUACACGAAACUAUUCCAAACGAAAAGAAAUAGGCUGUGAGAGUUGUUACAGUAUUUCAGCAUUGACGACUCGCAUAUGGCUACAUUCUUACUCGCGUGCCAAGCACGCGAACAUGCCAGCUGCAGCUGUUGUCAUGACUUCCGCGCAGCGCCCGUUUGUUGUGGAAACCUGCACAUCCAGCAUACAGCUACUUUUUCAGAGGUCAGCAGUGACAGUCUCUAUUUGACUGAUGAUACAAAUGUUGCAAUCUUUCCCAAUGCUGAAGGGUCUUUCAGCUCGUUGGACUUGACAUUACGGGCUCAUUAUGAAGUCCAUGGUGACCCAAUUGAGAUGCCGCAAAACACCCCAUCAACUUCACCAUUUGCUUCAAUACCAGUUCAGCGACAUUUCUCUUUCACAAGACCAGCAUCAUCUGGAUCUGUUCUCACUACAACGCCCCGGGCAAGCCGAAGUUGGACAAGAGCAAUAAAUAUUGCAGAAGUGCAAGAUGGCAAACCAGUUCCCAAAAGUGUCGUGGUGGUAAGGUUUACUGAAGCUGAGGCUAGUGUUACAGGCAUUGUUCAGAAACUUCAAGCUGACCUAAGGGCUGCAGAAUCUCCUGUGUUGCUGGAUUCAAACUGGAACGAAAUAAUGGAUUCAGAAGGAACACGCGGUUCCCAGUAUUGGAGACAAACCUCUAGAAAAAUUAACGCAAUGCUCAUUAGCCAUUUUUCCAGGCUUCAACACAGACGAAAAAGGAUGAGGGAAGAAGACUCUGGAUUGCAGGACAUUUUGGAAAAGAUUGAGGAGGUGUUGGAGGCAUCUCAAGGUCUGGAGAGUGUUGCUGUCAGACUCUGGGAGCUCACGACACUGGCCACAAGAGACAGAAACCAAGUCAACAUGCAUCAGGCAUCACAGCUCACCUUCACUUGCCUUGUUUGUAGAGACAUCAUCAGUGAGCCAAUGCUGUCCGAAUGUUGCCGGAGCAUCAUUGGGUGUAGAGCUUGCAUUGAAGAAUGGGCAUUAACAUCAAACCAAUGCUUAAAGUGCAGGUCUGAGUUCUCUGUGCUAAACAUCAUCAGGGUGGCUGGUCUGUCAACUGUUCUAGAUGUUGUGAAAGAGCUAGCUUGAAAUGUGUUGUACUUCUCUGAAGAAGGUUUUUUUUAUUUUUUUAUAGACAUGGUAUUCUAGGUUGUGAAAUUGCACACAAAUGUAAUAUCAUUAUCUAAAAUUUUUUUUUCCUUAUAUGGAGCAUGUUAAAUUGUUCCCGAGUGUGAAAUUACAUACAUUCUAAAUCCUUAACUACAGGUUUUUUUUUUUUUUUUUUGAGUUUAUAAAAUAACACUUCAGUACUACAGUGUUUCAGGUUGUAUAAUUUCAGGUAAAAAGUAUUAUCCCAAUUUCUAGAUACUGUUGUUGUACUAGAAUUGGUAAGGUGUUUGUUUUCCAGGGAAGUUCCAAGUUGUGAAAUCUUGCAUAUUCACAGAGCUGUGCAAAUAUUCCAAAUUCCUUUUAAGAUGUUUUAUUUGUCUUCCCUCAUUGGUAUAAAAAUUGCAUUUAACAUUGUUCAAUGAAUGUGUUCUAAUAAACAUUUUGUUCAAACUAGUACUUGAUAAACUUUAAUUUGGUCAAAUUACAAUUACUGGUUGUACAAAUCUUAACAAAAAAUAGAAAUGUUCAUUAAGACUUAAUUCACUAAAUUUGGUUCACAAAAUGAGACCAACAAACUUAUUUAAAGAUAUGAUCAAUAAUAAAUGAAAUUGCAUCUUCACAAUGUAGAUACGCCACCUUUAAGGAUUUGAAUAUUGG